GUACAAUGAGGGUUUUGUAAUCACCAAAAGAUGAAAGACUUCUGCUUUGGUUUUUACUAACAUUUUAUAAUGGGAAGUGGGAGAGGUGCAGGAAAUAGUUUUCUGAUGAUGUUUGGCUCCAAGAGGAAGGACAAUGUGUUUCAAUGUCCCCAGGGUUAAAGAAAAGAAAAGAAAAUGAAAAGAGUAUUUAUUUUCAUUGAGAAGAAGAAACCAAGAAACUGUGGAGGCUGAACAAUUAGGGAAAGUUUUUUUUUUCUUUUACAGGUCAUGGGGCUAGUUAACCAUUAGUGAGACCCACGUGGGUGCUGGGUGUUGAAAACUGUGAGUGGCUGGGUUAUGUGAUGUCUUUGGCAUUGGGGCCGGCUUUACCCCAGCUCUGAGACUGGACUCAGCCAUGUGCCCUGGCCUCUGGCAGAGACGUUUCUUCUGGUCAUGGGGGCUCCUUUUGUGGUUCAGCGUUGGAAUUGCAGGAGAUACACCUCCUACCCAACAGCCGAAGUGCAAGGGCUUCCAGAAUGCCAACCUCCUCCGUGGCACCAGUCUCAAAGUCCAGUUCCUCCUCUUCACCCCCUCGGACCCUAGCUGCGGGAAGCUAGUGGAAGAAAGUAGUGACCUUCAAAACUCUGGGUUCAAUGUCACUCUGGGAACCAAACUAAUUAUCCAUGGAUUCAGGGUUUUAGGAACAAAGCCUUCCUGGGUUGAGAAGCUCAUCGCUGCCCUUCUGAGGGCAGCAGACGCUAACGUGAUUGCCGUGGAUUGGGUGUACGGCUCCACAGCCAUCUACUCCUCAGCCGUGGAAAAUGUGGUCGAGCUGGCACUACAUAUCUCCCGUUUCCUCAGUGAGCUCCUGUUGCUGGGUGUGUCGAAGUCCUCCAUCCACAUCAUUGGUGUGAGCCUGGGGGCCCACGUUGGGGGCAUGGUGGGACAUUUCUACAAAGGCCAGUUGGGAUGGAUCACAGGCCUGGACCCUGCUGGACCAGAGUACACCAGAGCCAGCCUGGAGGAUCGCCUGGACCCUGGAGACGCCCUCUUCGUGGAAGCCAUCCACACAGACACCGACAAUUGGGGUAUUCGGAUUCCUGUUGGACAUGUGGACUACUUCGUCAACGGAGGUCAAGACCAACCUGGGUGUCCCACCUUCUUUCAUGGAGGCUACAGUUAUCUGAUCUGUGAUCACAUGAGGGCUGUGUACCUCUACAUCAGCGCCCUGGAGAACCUCUGUCCUUUGAUGGCCUUUCCCUGUGCCAGCUACAAGGCCUUCCUUGCCGGACACUGUCUGGAUUGUUUUAACCCUUUUCUGCUUUCCUGUCCAAGGAUAGGGCUGGUGGAACAAGGUGGUGUCAAGAUAGAGCCACUUCCCAAGGAAGUGAGAGUCUACCUCCAGACCACUUCCAGGGCUCCAUACUGUGUGCAUCACAGCCUUGUGGAGUUUUACUUGCAGGAGCCAAGAAACAAGGACACCAACAUCGAGGUCACCUUCUUUAGCAGCAAUGCCACCUCCUCAGUCAAGAUCACUAUACCAAGACGCAAACUGCAUGGGAGAGGAAUCCUAGCUCACCCCAACCGUCAGUGCGAGAUACACCAAGUGAAUCUCAAAUAUCAGGCUUCCCACCGGAUUUGGAGAAAAGACCGGACUACCAUUGUUGGGAAGUUCUGCACUGCUCCUUUGCCCGUCAAUGACAAUAAAAAGAUGGUCUGCCUACCUGAGGCAGUGAACUUACAAGCAGAUGUGACCGUUUGUCGUGACCUCAACAUCACGUGUGUAUAGUAUAAACCUUGGCAGGACACAUUUCCCUGGAUUUCAGAGAGGAGGGUUUCAACUUAUUCUAGGCCAUUACUACUAAAAAGGAAAGCAAAACUCUUGGUUAUUUUCUUCAUAAUUCACCACUUUGGAAGGGAAAGAUAGCUUAUUUUACACAGCUAUUUUUAUCUCCAUGCCAAUUUGAAGAGCCUUAUGUAGAUAUCAUUUCAGCUUUCCUACUCAUACUUAAGAGCAGUUACUCCAUAUCCUUGUGCAUCUGUACCAAGGAUUCAAUAGAAACAUAUACAGGAAAAGUACUUUUAUCAAAAAUAAAACUCCAUGGAACAUAUGAA